AUCUUCAUGCUGACAGCUGAGAAGCAGGUCAGUCAGGUUCUUGGGUGCUCUAUUACACAAGCAAGAUUGGGCCAGCUCCACCAAAUUUUGUUUCUGACACCCUCCUGCCCAGUGGGACAUUGUCAUACUUCACCCCUCUGCUUUCUCUAAUCCUCGGCAGACGCGUUGCAGCCGGGACAGCUGUCUGUGGUAUUUUAGUUCCUGUUUGUAAAUACCUCCAAAACCUGAAGAUUCCCCUUAAUUACACCAGUACCAAAAAAAGGCUACAAUGUUGACCUCAGCCAAAAUUCUGUUGAUUUCAAAAAUGUUUAGUUUACUACUAAUUGGAAGCCUUGGGGAAGAAGGUCUAGAAAUAAACACAACGCAAAGCAUUGCAGCAGGCUUAAAAGCGAUGCAAAAUGCAUCUGUUCCUUUGGAAAGUGACGCAAAUUUAAGCUCAGAUAAAGAAAAUAGAGAAACCUCCAAUCCCAAAACAAGUAAUUCCUCUCUUUGGGAUCCAUCAAAUAAAAACCAUGGAACAACAGAGGUCUUUGGCAAUUCAUCGACAAACAACUUUUCUGGGAAUCCAAGAUCCACGCCUACGCUUCCCACAAAUCCUCCCUCGACCCAAGGCUUUGUUUCUAAAUUGCCUCAGAACUCAUCUAUAGCAGACGAAAAUCCUCAGCCUGUCUCAGCACCUCCCGAUGCUACAUCUGCUCCAUCUUCAGAAAAGUUCACUUGGUCUUCAGCCAGUGAUACCACGAAAACUCCUGACAACAGUUCAAUUUCAAUUAGCAUCCUUCCUGCAGCACCAAACACCACGUCUGCGUCCCCCAUGAUAACGGAACCAGAUGAAUGGCUCACCACAACCAGUGACAGCUUCGUAGGGUUUACUCCUUAUCGAGAAAUGACCACUCUACAGCCCACCUUAAAGUUUACCAAUAAUUCAAAACUGUUCUCAAACACAUCAGACCCCCAAAAAGAGAAUAAAAAUACAGGAGUAGUAUUUGGGGCCAUUUUAGGUGCUAUUCUGGGUGCUUCAUUACUUACUCUUGUUGGCUACUUGCUGUGCGGAAAAAGGAAAACAGAUUCAUUUUCCCAUCGGCGACUUUAUGAUGACAGAAACGAACCAGUUCUGCGAUUAGACAAUGCACCGGAACCUUAUGAUGCGAGUUUUGGGAACUCUAGUUAUUAUAACUCAACUAUGAAUGAUUCAUCUAUGCCAGCAGGCCGAGAAAAUGUACGUGACGGCAUUCCUAUGGAUGACAUACCUCAACUUCGUACCUCGGUAUAAAACCAAGAGGAAAGGCUUCUGAUGGCAUAUGAUCGCCUACAUCCUAGUCUUUUCACAAACCCAUCCUCCAAAAGCUGAAGCAAGAUCACUGUCAUGUGGCCUGUGCCAAGGAGAACCAUAAAAGCAAGAGACUAGUAGCAGAAACAGACGAUAAUCUGAAAGGUUUCCUUUCUUACUAUUUUUGGCUGUGCUGAAUCAUCUACUGAGUAACCUUAAUUUGUAUUUUGGUCUAUUUUAUUGUUAGUAGGAAACGUUUGUGGGAAUCAGGUGAAACUAAAGAGUUUCACCAUGACUGCCCUGCCUGAUAAUUUAAUUAACCCUAUACUCCUAAUGCCAUACAUCAAGAUUGUCACUCUCUUCAAGGAACAAUGGAAGAGUAAUUUAUUUUUAAUUUUGACUUAAAACAAGAAAGAGAGUAUACAGAGUUUCUGUGCGUGGGAAAUUAAAGUAAGAGGAGUGAGAGAUUGUUCUCUAGUACAUUUAGUUUUCCUAUAUCAGCACAUCCAUGGUAAGCCCCUUGAGUUGCCAAGUUGACAAUGACAUUGCCUUCAACAGGGCCAUGGUUGGAAAACUGACCCUAACCAGGAAAAGAAUCACUUCUCUUCAAAGAGUGGGAAAUUCUAAACUGUUUUAUUUUAGGCCUCAAUUAAUUGGGUGCUUUAAAGACUCAAUGAGAAUCAUGGGGGGAAAAGUCAGCCAAAGCAUAUAUUUGUACAUAAUUUUUACAGUUUUAAGAUGUUAAAUAAGAGCAAGAUUUAUUAUGUAUUAGGUAUCAUUGCUUGAUCAUAUAUGGAAUAGAUUCUGUAUCUCUAAGUGUAUAAAGUAUAAGGUUAAAAAAUUGAUGAAUGGAAAUAUUACACAAACAAAAAUUUUUGAGCAUCACUUUUACAAGCAGAAAUACAAUAAGUGUCAUUUGGAUUCAUAUGACAUCUUUCA